CGCCCCCAAACGGCCCCCAACCGUAGCCAUUGUGGCUUAAGCACAGAAGCGUGCAUCAGGUUGAGGUGUGUCAGUGUGGCCAGUCUUGCAGAUCCGAGCUCUGCAGGAUCUGCCCUGCUGCAGAUAAUCAUGAGCCAAGGCUACCAGUCAAUGAGCCAGAUUGACAAGUACACGCACAAAGCGUUUGCCGGGAUUGUGGUGACCCUAUCGUUUGCAUACGUCGUGAUGGUUGUGGUCGAAGGUGGGAGGGGUGUAUACAAGGAGUGUGUUUUGGUCCAGAGCCACGAGACGAGCACUCGUCAUCUGAGCAAGGAGGACUUUGCGCAGUACUCUUUUGGCAACUCGAUGAUCACCGUCGCCGCUUUCUUACCGACAGCGCCUGUGGCCGCCUGCCUGCUCGCAUUCGCUGCAACGCCUUACCUGCGCCGAGUGUCCGAGUACGCCUUCGUUUUAUGGGCGAGCAAGUGGAUGCAUGUGGUCUCCAACCUGCUGGAGUGCUCUGGCUGGUCUUACUGGAUUGUGAUGGUGCCUGCCUACCUCUUCGGGCUGUUGUACAUAACCUCGUUCGUCAUGUUCCUCGUGCUUCUCCUGCACCAAGUCAGAGCCCUGGAGGACAGCUCCUACUUGGACCUUGGCUCGUCGCGCCUGCGUUUGGCUCUGAGGCGCCUGUCGGCAACCCUCGUCUUCACCCGUGCUGGUGGCCAUGUCUUGGAAUUCGGGCCUCUGGGGAGACCAAGGCGAGCAUCCGAUGAGAGUGGUCACUUCGAUGCUCUCUUGGGCGUGCCUCGCUCAGAUCCUCCACGUCUCGCUGCUUCCGAUCCUGGCGAUCCGACGAGUGCAGAGUCUGGCUUCAGACGCGCUGCUGUCGGAGAGCGCCAGGGCGCUCGAGGAAGCCAGGCAGGCUCCGAGAUUUCUCAGGCUCCAGCAGCUCGGUGUCGCCGCCGGCCUGGCCACCUCCCUCGUCUGGUUCGCCCUGUUUAUCUGGUCCUACCGGGCCCUCUGGCCGCUGCCCGACGCGAGCGAGGAGGCGAAGACGCCGCUGCUCGUGCUCGCCGGGUCGCGGCUGCCUGGGAUGGUGGACACAAUCUUCAACUCGUUGGCGAGCCUUGCGAUCAGCGGAGCGUUCUUCGGCGCCCUGAGCGGUGGGAGGGCGCUGCUCAAAGGCGAGGCAGCGCGCAUCGGUAAGUGGACGAAGGCUGCGAAGGAGUGGUCUUCUCAUCCGGAUGCCGACUGGCAGGCAAAGGUGGCAGAGAUGGCUGGCCGAGGGGUAUCUCUACAAGCCCUGCUCGGUUUCUAUCGCCGCCUGGGCAAGGAUCUGAUGCCUGGCUUCGACCCCUCGCGCCACACCACGCAUGACGUGGUGUUCCGAGCGAUCAUCCCUGAAUCGAGCCAUCAUCGGAAGUCCAUGGCGCAGGUCAUGAUGGAGGACAAGCUUGUAGAACCCGAGAAGAUGGUGACCCAUAAUUGGCAGAACUUGUUCUCGGACUUGAUUUCUGCAAUCGUCGCAGACGCACUGGGCGAAAAGGAAUUCUGCAGGGUGUCUCACUUGCUUCUCAAUGACAUCGACACUAUCGAGAGCUGGAUCGAUUAUGCUGGCGUCGGUCAGCGCACCUACUGGGUAUGCUCCUUUUCCGUCAACCAGCACACAUCCACCUGCGAAAACACCUUUGGGUCGGAGGACUCCGUGACAGGCGAGAAGUACCCCGCUUGCAAAUGUGGGUUGCCCAAGGCAUUCAACAAGACCCCACCGCUGUCCAGCGAGGGACAAAGCAUCGAGUGCGAGAUGAACAAGUUCGACCCCAUGGUCCGGACCCUCUCGGCCAGGAGCAGGAACUUCUCGCAGCUUGUUGCGGUGGACAGGCGCUUCGAGGUGUUCAACCGAGCGUGGUGCGUCGCCGAGAUUGCGGCAUCGAACUCCAUGGGAAUGGACCAAAGGUUGCAGCUCCCAUCGCGACGGAUACUCCAGGAGAACCUGCAUGUGCUCUCCCGUCUGGAGAUCUGCAGCAUGGGGGCCAGCAGGCCCGAGGACAAGGAGGAGAUCUUGCGCCACAUCUCGGACCACGAGGCUUUCGACAGGAGGCUGAGGGACAUGCUGCUGGUCCAUCUGCUGCCCUCGUGGUCCACGCUGGACUCGUGGGACCACAUGUUUUUGGCAGGCAGGGUUGCUCGCUGGCAGAUCGUUGCCUGCAGGCUAUCCAGCAGGGUGUGGGAUCCGGAUCUCGAGGGCACGCUGGGCCACCCGAUCGAUCUGUGAGGAUCCCGGGGCCCCGUGCCGUGUGGUGUGGUAGCUGUCGAUCGCCUCCUCAGGUGUGACGCCGCUGUGCCUUGUGCGCAUGAUGACGUGGUCCUCCUCAGGGGUACCGCCGUCGAGCCUUGUGCCGAGUGCCAUUUGGACCUGUGAGCAUCCAGACCUGUGCGCUCGUGGUGGGUGCCUGCUCGAGUCCGUUGCCGAAUGGCAGUGUGACUCUCGUUCUCGUUUUGGCUUCGCUCUCCAGCCCACAGGGGCAGGAUCUUGCCAUCCUCAGUCGGGCAUCAACGUGUAUCGUCGCGCUGAUCUGGCUGCUUUUAUGUCUUGAUAUCUAGACUAUGUGGACUUUUUCCCCGAUCUUGCGGAGGGGGUCCAGUUGUGUGUUCCCUUGGGGGGGUCUGGGGAGGACCCCUCGGGACAUGGCCCGGGCCACGGGCAGAACGCCAGCGGAAGCCAGCGGAAGACGGCCGCAAUCAGCCCCAUGUCAGCAGACGCGCUUCCUGGCGGCACGGACGGCCCCAAGAUGGCCC